AUGGGCCAUGAAUCUCCUGAGAAGAAAAGGAAGCGCUCGUCCGAAAAACAUGACCGGCCAAGCAAGAAAACAGCCGUCGAAUCUGCGCUGCCACCUCUGAAGGUGCAGUUCAUAGAUAACCCAACUGCACCUGUUCCAGUAAUCGCAUCCACGCCAGGCCUCCGUCUUCCAGAAAACCUCUCCCUCUCCGCAUACACGAAGCCCCGUGGGAAGCGCGUUUCUAAGACCACUGCUACAAAUUCUGAACUACUGGGUUCUGAACUCUUGUUGCAAUCCUCUACACACCCUAAACUCGAUUUCAUUGCGAAAGAGGGGGUGGAUCAAUUGGACUCGUUGUGGAACCACUAUGUCGCUAUAUACGAUCCAAAGCGAAAUUCUUUGCAGCUGGUUGAAGCUAGAAAGCUUACAGUGAGAGGAUGUGUACGAGAAGCCAAGUCAGAUAAUUUAGAUGAGGAGCCCGAAGAAGAUGCAAAAACCGCAUUCUCAAAACGCUCUGCUCUCGCACAAGCCUUUGGCACCAAACAAUCUCGCAAAGCUGUUCAGUCCGUCGCUGAAAAUGCCCUUCUUUCCAGCGCUACCCCCGGAGCUCCCAGCGCUGCUGAAUCAGCCCUGCUCUCGUCCAUGUCCAUGGAUGCAAUAUCCGCUGCUGCACGGGCCCAGCAGGAAAUUCAAGCUGCAAAACCGCUUCCACAGCCGAAUUUAUCUGCAACUCACCCAUCUGGUGUCUACUCUAUUGAGUCCCUUGUUCCAGGAGGGCUGUCAACAUUACAUUCGGUGCCGGUUCGCGACUGGCAGACGGCUCUCGCAAAUUCUGAAGCAAUUUUGACUAGAUCACGCUUCGUCGCCCACCGUGUGGAAGCACUAGGUAAAUCAAACGACAAGACCCAACUUCAACUUCUUCGCUUCAUUCUUAUACUUAUCGAGUUUGCUGGCUGCUUGAAACCUACGCGUGGUUCCGACAAAGGUAGUGCUGGGAGCAAAAAACUACCUCUUCGCGAUGAAUUGCGACAGAAGCUCUCAGAAGCAACAGCUUCCAGCCCUGAUGGCAAGUCAGAUGCUGGAACUCGCUUUAUGACUGAUUCUUUCAUCGACUCUCUGCGCAGAAAAUUCGUUCCACAGGGCGCUAUUUUAUCACGAAAUGAUAUUACUCUUUUGCAUACUACGAUAUGCGCACUAUCACUACAUGUUCCACCGGCGUCUGGCGCUCCGCACGGCGCGAACGAGUUGGCGACCGAUCCUGCUGAUUUACGCGAUGAUCUAGGUCUGGAGAAUCAGACUGUGCUGCAGUACUUUAAAGAAUUAGGCUGCCGAGUGGAAAAACCACGGGAGAACGAGUAUACAAAAUGGGGUGUUAAGAGAGGCAAAGCAGAGGCCGCGAUGAAGAGGAUUGCGCGAUUGAAGAUACCUGUAGAAUUUCCGAAACUGAGUCGUGGUGGAAGAAGAUAG